AUCGCUCCUGCAAGGCCUGUCUCUUGAAUCCUGUGAUUCGCCAGCCAACCCAAAAACCCUUUACUUCCGAACCCCACUGUAUCACUACAUAUUCAUACAUAUUCAUAUCAUACACAUCAUGUCCGGCAAACUCGCUACUGAUUAUCCCGCCUGGAAGGAGCUCCAAACGCUAUACGAUCAAAAGGCUCCCUCAGAGCUAGUGCUCUCGAAACUCUUCUCGAGCGAUCCCGAGCGAUUCAAGAAGUUCUCGACCCGGUUCGAAUCGCCGAAUACGGAGACGAGUAUCUUCCUCGACUACUCCAAGAACCUGAUCGACCAACAGGUAUGGGAGAAGCUCCUGGAACUCGCCCAACAGGCCGGGGUGACCAAGGCGAGGGACGAGAUGUUUGCGGGAGAACAGAUCAACACCAGCGAGGAACGUGCCGUGCUUCAUGUGGCUCUGCGUGAUACCUCCAACCAGGGCUACGGGGCCAACGAAGAAGGCGUCUCUGAAGUCAAGACCGUCCUCGACCAUGUCCGGGUCUUCAGCGAGGCCGUCCGAUCGGGCUCCCACAAGGGAUACACCAACAAGCCCAUCGAUACCAUCGUCAACAUCGGCAUCGGCGGCUCCGAUCUCGGCCCAGUCAUGGUCACCGAGGCCCUCAGUUUCUAUGCUCGUACAGGGCCCACUAUCACUCCCUACUUUUGUAGCAAUAUCGAUGGCACUCAUCUCGCUGAGAUCUUGAGGAAAUGCGACCCCGAAACUACCCUCUUCAUCGUCGCCAGUAAGACUUUCACCACCCAAGAAACCCUCACUAAUGCUAACAGUGCCAAGGAAUGGUUCCUCUCUUUCGCCAAAGAAAAAGCUCAUGUUGCCAAGCAUUUCGUUGCACUGUCCACGAAUACCGAAGCGGUCACUGGCUUCGGGAUCGACAAAGCCAACAUGUUCAAGUUCUGGGAUUGGGUGGGUGGUCGAUACAGUCUAUGGAGUGCGAUCGGCUUGAGUAUUGCUCUGUACAUCGGGUUCGAGAAUUUCGAAAAAGUCUUGCAUGGGGCUCAUGCUAUGGAUCGUCACUUCAAGGCUGCUCCCUUGAAAGAAAACUUGCCCGUCAUUCUGGCUCUGCUUGGAAUUUGGUACAAUAACUUCUAUGGUGCUCAAACUCAUGCCCUCUUACCAUAUGACCAAUACUUACACAAGUUUGCAGACUAUUUUCAACAAGGCGACAUGGAAAGUAAUGGCAAAUAUAUUACUAAGGAUGGGCGUCGGGUGACGUAUCAAACAGGGCCGAUCAUUUGGGGACAAGCCGGAACAAAUGGACAACAUGCAUUCUAUCAAUUGAUCCAUCAAGGUACCAAGCUGAUUCCCUGCGACUUUCUGGCGCCCGUUGAGACCUUGAAUCCGAUCGGUGGAGGUCGUCAUCAUGAAAUCUUGUUGUCUAACUUCUUUGCUCAACCCGAAGCUUUGGCAUUUGGGAAAGAUGAGGCAGCUGUUAAGAAGGAGCUCGGCGCAGCGGCUUCAAAUGAAUCGUUGGCUAAGAGUAAGGUCUUCGAAGGUAAUAAACCAACCAAUUCUAUCAUGUUUCAGAAACUUACUCCUGGUACACUAGGAGGUUUAUUGGCGUUAUACGAGCAUAAGAUCUUUGUUCAGGGAGUGAUCUGGGGCAUUAACUCGUUUGAUCAAAUGGGUGUGGAACUCGGCAAAGUUCUUGCUAAAAACAUCCUCGCUCAACUCGGCUCGCCGGCUGAUGUUAAAGGCCAUGACUCUUCCACCGAAGGGUUGAUCAAAUUCUUCCAAUCUCAUCGAAAGUGAUCCGAUCUUUUCAAUCGAUUUUCAACAAAAAAAACAAACAAACAAACAAGGGAAUUGGAAUUAUGGUCCGGGGCGUUCGGUCUCUCAUUGUAUUCUUUGGUCUGCCAAACAUUAAUCUUUCACUUUUGGUUGAGGUUUAUAUGUCAAAUCAAUCGAUCAAUCAUAUAUGUUCUUCUUCAUGAUUGAUUGAUUCAUAUACAUACAUACAUAUAAAUAUAUAUUUUCCAUGGUAGAUGAUUAAAUGAUUGAUCUCUCUCUCUGUAUUUGAUCAUCCAACCUUGCCUCUGUUGUCAUUUGAUUUAUCUGAAACUUUGUAUUAGAUGGUUUUUUUUGCUGUUAUACUGUAUAAUGUGGAUAAGUCAUCUUCAAAAAUUACAUACAUAUACAUAGAUAAAUAAAUAUGCUUCUCAUCAUCAAGUUACUGUCAGAAAUCAUUUGUCCAUUUCUGUUUCCAUUUAUAUUUAGAUGCUUUGUUGGGCAGUUGUUGGUUUAGGGGAAGGGCUCUGGUCCUUCCAUUUUUUUGUUAAGAUAGUCACACCUAAAAAGAGGGGUUGCUUUUUCUGAUGGUGGUACAUCUAGGUCCUGU